AUGGAGGCACCACUUCUCGAAAUGCGUAUACCUGGUGGCUCGAGCAGCCAAUCUCUCUGUGAAGAUUGUAAACAGUUAGAGUUCUCCGCGUUCAAAUCUUUGAACGAGACUGAUCGCUGGAAAGCAUGCUACGGGGAUGGCAUCUUUGUCUCAACCAUCCGUGCGCACAGUCACGACCGCCCCACUGGAGGCUGUAAGUUAUGUCAAGUGUUUGCUGUUUCCAAGAUCUAUGGAGCAAAUGGCUCCGAGAGCGAUGGUGACGACUCUUAUGAACUACGAGCUUUCCAUUACCUCCGCUACUCUGGCAUGUGUCGUCCUGCCGGCAAAGCUGGCUUAGACACUUUGCGAGAAAGCGUCACUCUAGUCCUAGUUCUAGUGCCAAAGACCUUACAAGGGAGGCAACUGCAUGAGGCGCUUGAAAGUCACGUAUCAGACAACGCUUGCGCGAUCCUUCAGCCUGGAUCACCCAACACCUCCAUUAUGUUCGAGCUUCCUUCGUGCCGGUUUAACCCCCGAGUCGCGCAAGAUUGGCUGCAGUUUUGCAAGCUCCAUCAUGGUCCACUCUGCCACGCCAAGACAGCUCGUGCAUCUGGUCUUGAUCUCAUCGAUUGUGAGACAAGACUUAUUACAACGCAUAGGACAACCGAUACUGUUCAUUACAUAGCACUGAGCUAUGUUUGGGGUAGCUCUGACAGCAGUGACCAGGAAACUUUCCGGAAUGAUGCAGAGCCAAGGCAACUACCACUAUCACUCCCCCGAGUUAUCUCUGAUGCCAUCGUUGUCACUCAAUCUCUCGGAUAUCGAUAUCUUUGGGUAGACAAGUUUUGUAUCAGGCAAGAUCACCCAGACAAACAUAAGCAAAUUCAACAUAUGGAUUCUGUUUAUGAAAACUCAGACCUCACCAUUGUUGCUGCUGCUGGCUCCGACGAGAAUUACGGCAUUCCGGGAAUAAAAGAAACUGAGCGCAUCAUUCCAAGUUGGAUCGAGACGGUGGGUGCAAAUAUCCUUUGGCCUGUUAAGAAUCCUCAACGAAUGAUACGAGAGUCGAAAUGGGGAAGUCGAGCCUGGACCUUCCAGGAGUCGACCCUGAGUCGGCGGCGCCUCCUUUUCCUCGAUGAUCAGGUCUACUUUGAGUGCAAUUCAAUGAAUUGCACUGAAAGCGUACGAAUUCCCCUCGAAACAAUGCAUGUCAAGAACAAGGGAAACUCGCGAAGUAACCUGCGUGCAGGCAUUCUUAGUGCGUACCGAAAUAGCCAGUUAUUCUUGGACCCAAAUAAGACACCGCUUCAUAUUUCGAUGAUUCAGUACAAGUCAAUGGUGACGCAAUACACAUCCCGGGAGCUUCGGUAUGAUUCAGAUUCACUGAAUGCUUUUGAAGGCAUCCUUCGGAUGUUCCGCCACAGACACGAGUCUCUAUCGAACUUAUGGGGUUUGUGCUAUCCUCGGUCUGCAUCAAACGAAAUGGUCAAAAAGCUCUUUACCUCUUCUCUUGCCUGGUAUCAUAUCCGUCCACAAAGAAGAAGACCUGAGUUCCCUUCUUGGGCAUGGGCUGGCUGGGCAGGAAAAGUACAAUACCCAGAAUCAUCUAUUGAAUCUUCGCAAACUUACCUCUCCGCAAUUUCUAUUGAUUUGCACACGGCUUUUGGGGAACAAAUGGUUCCCAUUCACAGAUAUCAGAGAAAGGAACAAAUCGAAGGGCACAGAGCUCUUCGCAUCAAGGGAAGAUUUCUCCCUUCAAAUUUCUUUACUCACACUUACCAGGAAGGCGGGCAAGCAAAAUGGCAGUUUCAGGGGAAGCCAGCACCUGUAUUCAUGUCUGAUUCUCAAUACGUUGGGGAAAGUUCCAUCACCAAGCUAAAAGACAUGCAACAGAUAAACUUCGUAUUGGCAGGAUUGCAUAGUGUUUACGGAUAUUCUGAGGACCAUGACGCCACUGCUUUGAUUUUGCAGCGAAAUUUACAAACAGGUGCCUGGAGACGAGUGGGACUUUGGUUGAUUAGUACCAAAGGGUGCCGUAAUCCGUUAAAUAUAGAUGAUCUCGAACGGAGGGAAUAUACGAUGGAAUAA